CCUCGGCCGCGCACCCGGAAGCGCGCGCCGGGAUAUAGCGGAAGUGGGGCGGGGCUCGGCCUCUUUGGUGCUGGCGGCCGGCGAAGAUGACGAAGGGUACUUCGUCAUUUGGUAAGAGGCGAAACAAGACUCACACCUUGUGUCGUCGAUGUGGAUCCAAGGCAUACCACCUCCAGAAAUCUACCUGUGGGAAGUGCGGUUACCCUGCUAAGCGUAAGAGAAAGUAUAACUGGAGUGCAAAGGCUAAAAGACGCAACACCACUGGUACAGGUCGCAUGAGGCACCUGAAAAAGGUCUACCGUCGAUUCAGGAAUGGAUUCCGUGAGGGAACCACACCGAAGCCCAAGAGAGCAGCUGUUGCAGCCUCCAGUUCAUCAUAAAGACUCAUCUGUUUGUUAAAAUAAAUGGUCUUAUCCAGAAAAACAAAA